AUGGCAGAUUGGUCGUUGCUUCCCACAGACUUACUAGAACUAAUUGUUGGUCGUUCUGAGACAUCUUUCGAGAUUGUUCUCUUACGAUCUGUCUGCAGCUCAUGGCGGUCUGUUGUUCCUUCGCCACGUGAUUCUCCCGGCUUAGGCAUCAAAACUCAUAUCCCUAUGUUUGCCUACAAUGGCAACCACCACCGCUUGAAUGGAAAACCUAAGUAUCGUACCCAUGAUAAGUGCUGCACAUUAAAAAAGGUCCCAAUUUAUCUCGUGAGAUUCAAGACUCCGUUUGGUGAUGAUUAUUUAUUGACAGAGAUACAUGAAAGAAAUAUUGGGGAACCGAUGUACUUGUUAUCGCCAUUAGUAACCUAUGAUGACGAAACGCUCAAAGAAACUCUAUCGUUUAACUCUCUUAACACUCGAAUUCUCCCUUUGUGCUAUUACUACAAGAUAAACGAUGAGACGUAUAUUAACUUUCUGGUGGGGGUUUACAGAUAUGAAUGGAGCAUUCCUUCCAAACAAUAUGAAUGGAAAAUUCGUUCCAAAAAAGUUGAAUAUCUUGAACUGAAUAGUGAUGAUUGCAAAGAUUUCAUAUUGCUAGCUGAUAUAAAAGGCGACAUGAUAAUAUUUAGCAGCCUUGUGAUGAGGUGGACGGAAAUUUUUGUCUCUCCUGAGAAAUGUCGAGAUAUGGUUUCGUUCAAAGGCAAGUUUUAUGUGGUUGAUACAAGUGGAUUGGGACAUGUAUUUGUAAUCGAACCCUCUUUGGAAGUUUCUAAGAUCCCAUCAGUCAUACGGUCGACUCACAAGUCUACAAAAGAGGCUCUAGUGAAGUCGGGAGAAGAGUUGUUGCUAGUGCAACAGUUCACACCAGAGUCUUUAGGCUGGAUGAAGAAGGUGGGACGAGGAAGUGGGUUCAAGUUGAUGACUUGAACGACCGUGUGAUAUUUUUUGGAGGUUGGACGAAUCUCUGUUGCUCGGUACAAAACCUGCCAGGUGCAAAGGAUAACUGCAUUGUGUUCAGUGAUUCGGAUAGAGGUAUUAUUGAAGAGAAUGAAUCAAUCCUUGUGUUUGACUUAAGAACAAAAAGGACUAGUUUUGCUUUAAGUGAAUGCAGAGGCUACAUGGGCGCAUUUGGUGCAAAUAUUGAAUCUCUGGUAUCUUGUGGAGUUAUGACAAUGUCAAACCCAGAAACAAGCAUAUAUGAUUUAAUUAGUGAUUCCAUAUUCCAACUGGCUGACUAAAGAGAAAGUGUCACGAAAAAUAUUAGAAAGCUGUAAUCUUUCUAACAUUGUUUAGUAGAUUAAGGUUCGGUUCAAUAAAUUUGCUUUGGAUUAAGUUGAAAAA